GGCCACGAGUCGCGCCAUCCACGUCGAACCGAAAGCAUCGCGGCCACGGCCAAACGUGAGAAGUGACUAAGCCGCGAAUCGGAAGCGAAUCAAAAAAGCGUACAAAAAGCAAACAUUAGGCGAACAUCAAGCAUACGGCGCGUGGAAUUGAAAGAACGGACCAAAAAAAGGAGUUUACUCGUUAGUGGAAUUGUUUGCCUUUUGGCCAGUUUACGAGCGGCUCAGCAUAAAUUGCUGCUCUUUUGGGGCCCGCAAUGAGGCAAUGAGACGACCCACACCAUCAUCACCAGAACCAGCGCAAACGGAGGAAAACGAGAAGACGGAGUCAUGCCAUCUGGUGCCUGCUUUGGAGUCUGGAGUCUCGAGCUUUGGCCUCUUCUGUCGCAGAUAGAGCGAUAGAGACAGAGAAAGAGAGGGAGAGAACGAGAGAGACAGCUAGAAAUGUUGCGCGAUAUCUUUCUGUAUCUAGUUCUAAUCGUUUUAUUUUGCUUCAUUUUCAUGGCGCAGUUAAUCGUCAACGUUUACGCGUUCCAGCGCCAGCCGACGCCCGCCCAGAAGUCGGACAAGAAUGAGAUUAUAUUUGUCUAGGAACAACACCGAAAGGGGGAGGGGGGGGGGGGCACUAGGACCAGCAAAAGUCAAGCGGCCACCGUGGUUUCUAUUUAAUAAGAAAAGGCAGCGGCGGGUCGACGGGGUGAGCGAAAGUUUCACUUAAGGCUGAGUCGGGGAGGCCCCGGACUGCCUCGGGUGUCGUCUAGGGGUUUAGACGAUAAACCCUUGAAGAACUGUUAAACUAGGUUGCUCGCUAAUUAGUAACGGUAGUCUAGGGACUCACACACACACACACACACACACACAAUGAAAGUUGCAAACAAUAAGCCGCAGCGACAAGUUCCACUCCAAUCUGCCGUCUCGCGAUGAAAAAGGGGAAAAAUUACUCUAAAGGGAAAACUGCAGCAACUUUUAACGCAAUGAAUUGAAUUUUCAUCAUUUUCCGCAUUUUCCACAACGCCGCCUUUGUUUGUGUUUCAUUAACAUUUUUUUUUUGUCCAUUUUUCCAGAGUAUUUAAUUUUAAUUCGCAUUCUGCUGCCCGAAAAUUAUGAUGUAUGGCGGUUCGAGGCGACACCAGCCAGCAGCCAGCAGCCAGCAGCCCCCAGCAACGCCUCCCCACAUCCGGCAGGCUUUAACUUUUCAUUGCCCACUUUUAAGGGCCACUCUCCUUGGAGGACGGUGAGUCCUGGUGCUUGGGUUUCGGCCUGCUCCUGCGGCAAUGAGCCCGAACAAUUGCCAAGUGCCAAGUAGGGGGGAGGCACUGGGGCGUGGCAGAUGGCUUUUUAUUGAUUUCCAGCCCGCACUUGCAGCCUUUUCUUAGUUUUUCUUUGCCUGGGUUUUCCUAUUUUUUCUAUUUUUCUUUUCAUAUUUUUUUGUUACAUAUUUUGUGCCAUUUUUUUGGUUGUUUUUCUUUUUGGCACGCCGCAGCGUUUUAUUGUUGUCCUUUGAGGCAGAGCCAGAGCCAGAGCCAGAGCCAGAAUCUGCUUUUGCCGCCUCUUGUUGCACAGCACUUGAGCCUAUGGCGCUCUCUCUCACUCUCUCUCACUCUCUCCCUCGAGGGGCAUGCACACUCUUGACCCCCUUCCAGGAGAGGGAGCGCUUAAAUCGAGCUCUGAGAGGGGGGAGGUUGCAACUUCCACUGAUUGCUGUCAGUGUGUCCAAAUGGAAAUUAAAGUUUCAUCAAGCACUAGGUUUGUGUCUAAAUGUUCAGCUUAAAGAGAGACAUUUUCCAUUUUCCACACACAUAAAAAGACAAACGAGGCAGACAGGAAAGACAGAAGGAAACUCCCCGCAGCAUAUCGAAGAGGAAAUCAAAAAAAGUAUUUAAUCGAAAACUAAAAAAGGUUUUACACAAAACACGCAAAAACUAUCACAUAAUGGAACACAUUAAGGCCUCUAUAUGCCUAUACACAUAGAUAUAUAUAUAUAUAUGAUAUAAACAUUCGAACAAUAAUAGAGUUAGUUAUCGAUUGAGUAUUUAAUCGAUCGGUCUAAUCGAUAGGCUAAGUGCUAAGCAACUCUCCCCAACCGACAUGCAACCCAAAAAUGUAUCGAACUUUGUAGCUAGAUCUUGAAACAAUGAAAUGGAAAACGAAUAUCGAAAUGGCAAAUGGCAAAUGGAAAUCGAACAACAAAACGAAGCGGAUA